GUGACGUCCUGUCAUGUGAUUCAGUCACUUCCUACUGAUUCGGUUCAGAGCCGAUACUCUGCUGUAUCAUGUCGUCUUAAUUCAGUUCCACGUUCGGGGUCCAGCUGAAUAGAAACAUGUUUUUCCGGGAUAAACCGACUCAACGCCGGCCUCUGAGGCUGGCUCUGUGGCUGUGCAUCGGUUUGGGAUGUUUUUUGGUUCGGUCUGGAGCAGAAGAGGUCCGCAGCAGCUUGUGGUACCAGGACCUCUGCAGCUAUAAAUGGGAGGCUGUAGACCUGGACAAUAAAGUGAAAUACACCAUAAAGCUUUGUGAGUCUUCACCACCGACCAGCUGUGGGUCCAGCACUGCAGUUUGCGCCCAAAGCCUCAGCGGCGAAGACAAACACUCAGUCGGUGACCUUUCCCUGCAGAAGCUCUCCGGCACCGUGCUGGAUUACAACGCCACUGACACCUGCCCUGGAGGAACCAACCCGGUUCAGACCAGCAUCGACUUCCAGUGUGGGAAAACCAUGGGCACCCCAGAGUUCGUGGCGCUGUCUGAAUGUGUUCAUUACUUUGAGUGGAAGACCUACGCUGCCUGCAAGAAGGACAAAUUCAAACCACACAAAGAGGUUCCCUGCUACGUGUUCGACUCAGACGGUAAGAAGCACGACCUGAACCCUCUGAUCCAGGUGGAGGACGGUUACCUGGUCGACGACGGCAACGACGACGACUUAGACUUUUACAUCAACAUCUGCCGAAGCCUGAACAUUGCAGAUAAGUCGUGUCCAGAGGGCUCUGCAGCCUGCCUCGUCACCGGACAAGGCUCCUUCAGCAUGGGGGCUCCCAGCCGGCCGCUGGAGGCCGUGUCCAGCGACAGUUUGAGGUUACAGUAUGAAUUAAGCGCCAAGUCGACGCCUCCAGAGAGAUGUGGAGAACACCGGCCGACUGUCAACAUCACUUUCAUCUGUCCUUCAAGCCGCCAUCCCGGCAGCGUCCCUAAGAUGGUGGCCGAGUCAAACUGUCGUUACGAGGUGGAGUGGGUGACUGAGUACGCCUGUCACAGAGACUACCUGGAGAGUCACACCUGCAAACUGACGAGCGAACAGCACGACAUCUCCAUCGACCUUUCACCUCUCACCCACAGCACCUCAGAGGGGCCCUACUUCGUCCCGUCUCCGUCCGGUGAAGGCUCUGAGAGCUACCUGUAUUACCUGAACGUGUGUGGGAGCGUCUUCAAUGAUGUGUGUGGCAGCGACCAUUCGGCCUCGUCCUGCCAGGUGAAGAAGUCCGGAAGCAGCUCUAAAGUGGCCGGAAGGUUCCAGAACCAGACGCUACGGUAUUCAGAUGGAGACCUCAGUCUGAUUUAUCCAGGCGGAGAUAAAUGCUCCUCUGGCUUCCAGAGGAUGACCAUCAUCAACUUCCAAUGCAACAAAACCGCAGCAAACAACGGACAUGGGAGUCCGGUUUUCGCCGGGGAGACGGACUGUACGUAUUACUUUAACUGGGACACGGCGUUCGCCUGCGUCAAGGAGAAGGAGGACCUGCUGUGUCAGGUCAGAGACGGCAGGAAACACUACGACCUCUCACGCCUUACGAGAUAUCCCGAGUCGAUGGACAGUGAGAACUGGGUGGUAGUGGACGGCCGAGCCACCAAACCGGACACGCAUUACUUCCUGAACAUCUGCCACAAAGUCCUGAGGAGAGGAGGAGCUGCCGGCUGCCCAGAUGACGCCUCCUUCUGCGCUGUGGAUAAAAAUAAUAAAACCAUCAACCUGGGCAGCUUCCUCUCUCCUCCCCGGAUCACUAAACAGGGAAGUGACAUCAGACUGAUGUACACUGAAGGGGCGCCUUGUGGAAACAGGAAGACGACCCAAACUAUACUGACUCUCAAAUGCAAACCAGGCCAUCUUGAGAGACCUCCCAUGCUUCGCAGCAUUUCCCCUGAUAAAUGUCUGUAUGAGGUGGAGUGGUACACCGCUGCUGCCUGCGUCUUGUCCAAAACAAAAGGACACAACUGCAUGGUGGAGGAUCCCCAGGCUGGUUUCUCCUUCGACUUGUCUCCUCUCACCAAACCCAACGGCGGCUACUACAACAUGACCAGCGGCGGAUACGACUACUACAUCAACGUCUGCGGUCCAGUCAAAGCCGCCGCGUGUCCUGAGAAGGCCGGAGCGUGCCAAGUGGAACAGAGCUCCUGGAGUCUCGGGGAGGCGAACUCCCUCCUGUCCUACUACGACGGCCUGAUCCAGUUGACCUACAGCAAAGGCUCCCAGUACAACAACGCGAACCACACCCUCAGAUCCACACUCAUCUCCUUCCUGUGCGACCCCGAGGCAGGAGCAGGAAGCCCAGAGUUCCAGGUGGAAGAUAACUUCACCUAUAACUUCCGCUGGUACACAUCCUACGCCUGUCCUCAGCGACCUCACGAGUGUUUGGUGACGGAUCCCAUCACGCUGGACCAGUAUGACCUGUCCAGUUUGUCGCGCUCCACCUCAGCCAACAACUGGGUGGCGAUGGAUAUGACCGACGUCUCCAGUCAGAGGAAGUAUUACAUCAACGUCUGUCGGCCCAUCGUUCCCGUUCCAGGAUGUGACCAGGACGCGUCGGUCUGCCAGAUGAAAUACAUAACAGAAAAGGGCUCGCCAAAGGAAGUGGUGUCCGUCAGCAACAUGGGAAAGUCCAAGAGAGGGCCGAUCAUCGAGGCCCGGGACCGACUGCUGCUGGAGUUCACAGACGGUUCUGUCUGCAUGUCGGAGGGCCAGAAACUGUCCUACACGACGCUCAUCCACCUGGUCUGCCACAGAAGAGCCAUAGUCAAGUCGCCGCAGUUUGAGUUAAACCAGAACUGCACUGCCAUCUUUAUUUGGGAGACCAAAGCAGCCUGCGCCAUCCAGACCGUCGAGAAUAAUACUUGUUCGAUUGUGGACCCUGACUCAAAUUUCAAGUACAACCUCCAGCUUUUGGCCUCUAAGGACGGAUACCGGACAACUGCUAACGGCAAAGACUUCCUGCUGAACAUCUGUGCAGAUGCCCCGGGAUGUGGGUCGAGAAUGGGUGGCUGUGAGCUGGACAACGGGCAGCCGGUAUCCCCAGUGGGGCUGCAGAAGACACUGAAAUACUCCACUAACGGCGAACUACAGCUGACCUACAGGGGGCGGCUGGAUGAGCAAACGGGAACCAGAGACACGUUCAUCGUUAACUUUGUGUGCGACCCAAACGCUCACCCGGGCUCAAUAAUGCACGUUCAUGAGGAAAUGAGUUCUUUAUCCUCCCAUGUGGUUCAUAACGUCCUGUUUGAGUUCUCCACCGCGCUGGCCUGCGUCCCUGCUGCGGUUGACUGCACCAUCGCUGAUUCCCGUGGAAAUGAGUAUGAUCUGAGCCACCUGGCCCGAGAUGAGGACGACUCUCCGUGGAUCCCAACGGACGCCGGCCAGUCGCGCAGAUUCUACAUAAACGUCUGCAAGCCGCUCCCGACUGUGGACAGAUGUCCAGUGGGUCCUCUCGGAGCUUGCGGUGUGAUUAGUGGGAAAGGUCUCAACCUGGGAUACAUGCAGUCCAGCCCGCAGGUGGCGGAGGACGGCUCCAUCAGCAUCGUGUACCAGAACGGAGACAAGUGUGGCAGUUCGUCCACUUACUCAACGCGCAUCAUACUGCAAUGUGACGACAGUCCGGGCUCCCCAGUGCUUGACAGUCUAGACGGUUGUGAAUACAUCUUCCGCUGGAGGACGUCGGAGGCCUGCCCCAUCAGGAAGGUUCAAGGGGAUAACUGUCGAGUUCGUGACUCCAAGAGCGGCUAUGAGUUUGACUUCAGCUCCCUGAAGGACAGAGAUUUUGCCGUCACUGGUGACAAGUACAUUUACCACCUGUCGGUUUGCAGCCCACUGCAGAAAAAUGUCUGCUCCGCCAAAGACGGAGUGUCGUCCUGCCAGGUGGCUGGAAAAACUCAGAAGGUCGCUGGACUGUCCAACCAGAAGUUGAGUUUCGUCGGGGAUCAGAUCCUCCUGAACUACACCAGUGGGGAUGUCUGCCAUAAAAUCUAUAAUAGAUCCACAGUCAUCAGCUUCUCCUGCAACCCUGACAAGCAUCCAGGAGUACCAGAGUUCAUGAAGGAGACUCCGGACUGCACCUACCUGUUCAGCUGGCCCACUGCGCUGGCCUGCAUCCCAGUCAAAACCACCAGCUGCUCCUACAACGACGGUCAGGGCCACUCCUACGACCUUUCCCCUCUGGCUUUGGACUCUCAGAACUGGGAGGUGGACGUCUCGACUCAAGACCCAAGGAAAAUUUUCUACAUCAACGUCUGCAGGUCGCUGGUGCAGCAGGGAGGCUCGUGGAAGUGUCCUUCCAGCGCAGCGUCCUGCUUGAAGGACGGGGGCGACUAUGUGAGUCUGGGGCAGCUGACGUCCGGUCCUCAGUUGGACAGAGGCAUCCUGAAGCUGCAGUACACCGGCGGCCAUCGCUGUUCGGACGGCAGCAACAACCGGAGCAGCAUCAUCCGCCUCCAGUGCGACAAAGACAAAGUGGACUCCAGACCCAUCCUGAUCUCGGUGAUAGAGGAUUGUGUCUACACCUUCCUGUGGUCGACGGCUGCCGCCUGUCCUCUGAACACCAGCCAACAUAUCGACUGCAGAGUUACCAACCCCGCUACAGGUCACUUAUUUGACCUGAAUCCAUUGAAGAAAUCUGAAGAUUAUGUCGUCUACGAUCACAACCAACCGCAGAGAAUGUUUCGCCUGAACAUCUGUGGGGAAGUGACGAACUCUGGAUGCAGUCCAGGAACCGCCGUCUGCAUUAAGGGGGGGAACACGGCCAUCAGCGGCGGUGAAGCGAGCACCAGGCUGUCGUACAGAGAUCACGUGCUGGAGCUGACGUAUGAAGGAGGAAGUCCCUGCUCUGCAAACCCCAACCUGAAGCACAAGACCAUCAUCAAUUUCAUCUGCAGGCCUUCCUACAUGAGCUCCACCUCAGAGGAGCCGGUCUUCAUCAGCACGAACGCUGAAACCUGCACACACUUCUUCUCCGUCCACACAGCGCUGGCUUGUGAACAAACUGUGACCUGUUCGGUCCACAACGGCUCUUCUCUCAUAGACCUGUCUCCUCUCAUUCACCGCACUGGAUACUACACCGCUACAGAUGAUGAAGUGGACCAAAACGACAACUCUCCUGACUUUUACCUGAACCUCUGCGAGCCUUUGAACCCCAUCCCCGACGUCGCCUGCCCGCCUGGAGCUGCGGUCUGCCUGGACCCCGAUAACGGGCCACCUGUGGAUAUCGGCCGCUCAACCUCUGGCCCACAGAUGAACAACAUAACAGGUGAAGUGUUCAUCACCUACCAAAGCUCGACCCGGUGUGCAGCAGAUCCUCAUCAGAACUACAGUUCAACCAUCGUCUUCACCUGCCAGAAAGGCGUGGAGCUGGGUUCCCCUCAGAUGCUGAGGCUGCAGGGCUGCGUCUACCUGUUUGAGUGGGCGACUCCCAUCGUCUGCCCAGAUGCGACUCAGACCAGCGGCUGCCAGCUGAAAGACUCGCAGCUGGAUUUCACGUUUGAUCUCAAAUCUCUUUCCGGCGAAGUCCAGGUGAGCGGCUCCUCCGGGACCUAUCACAUCAACGUCUGCGGCUCGGUGGCGGAGAAAAGCUGCAAGCAGAGCGCGGUCUGCCUGGUUCCGGGUUCUGGUUCAACGAUGCCCGCUUCGUCGUUCGGCAUCAGCAAAGCCAUGACGAUGGACUUCAAACACGAAAACCAGGCGGUGCUGAUGCACUACGGAGGAGGAGAUCCAUGCCAAGCCAUGACCACCAACAAUGAGACGUGCGUGUUCCCGUUCACCUACAUGAACAAGCUGUACAGCGAAUGCACCAAAGACGGAAGUAUGGAUGGCAAGAAGUGGUGUGCCACAACUUCCAACUACGACAAGGACCGGAAGUUUGGACAAUGCAGCGAAGUUCCAACCUCUGCGAAGCGUCAGUCGUCCAUCCUCUUCACCUGCGAACACUUUGCAGGCCACGGCACCCCGGAGCUGCUGUCCGAGACCAACGGCUGCCUGGCCACGUUCGAGUGGAAAACCAGCGCCGUCUGUCCUCCAACGAAGAUGGAGUGCAAACUGGUGAGCCAGCAUCAUACGUUCGACCUGCGAUCCAUGUCGUCCCGCACCAAGCCGUGGAAGUUCACCAGCCAAGGAUAUUCGUAUUACUUCAACCUGUGUCAGGGAAUCCAUGGUGGGCUGACCAGCUGUCCAACGGGGGCGACGGUGUGCCGACACUCCAAGUCCGGACAGACGGAGACCCUGGGUUGGGCUUACACCCAGAAAAUGGGCUACACUGAUGGAAAGAUAAGCGUGAACUAUUCAGGCGGAGACGAUGUGUGCGGUAAAGGUUUGAAGGCCAAAACGGUGAUCCAGCUGAGCUGCGGCUCCACUGUGGGUCACCCGUCACUCCUCAGGGUCGACACGGCGACCUGCGAGUUCGUGAUUGGCUGGGAGACUCGCCUGGCCUGCGCUGUGAAGCAGCAGGAGGUCCACAUCGAGAACGGGAUGAUAAAGGUUCCCGACACCGGAACCAGUCUGAAUCUGGGAGAACUCUACAGCAGAGCGCAUCAGGCGUCUGGCGACAUCCGCACCAACGGCGACCGUUACAUCUACCACAUCCAGCUGUCCGGCAUCACCAACAACUCCCUGCCGAAGUGCCUUGGUGCAAACAUCUGCCAGGUGAAGCUGAACGCAGACUACAGGCGCAAGAUCGGCUCCUCUGACAAGGCCAAGUAUUACAUCAAAGGAGGAAACCUGGACGUUCUCGUUCCCUCGGACUCGAAGUGCCACGGCGAGGAGAACAGAACCGUCUACUCCACCAUCACGUUCUACUGCAACCCGUCGGUCGGCGUCGGCAUCCCGGAGUUCCUGCGAGAGACGGACGACUGCCAGUAUCUGUUUGUGUGGCACACAGAAGCCGUGUGUGGGCUGAUAACCGUCGAUCGUCAGACCUCGGACGGCGACAUCGAUUCUUCCCACCGCAGCCAGACGAGUGGAAUAAUGCUGACCGUCCUGCUGGUGGUUCUGGUCGUCUGUCUGCUGGGAUAUCUGCUGCACAAAAGAGAACGACGGGAGCUUGUGAUGCAGAAGGUCGCCGGCUGCUGCAAGAGAGGAAAUCAAGUCUCGUAUAAAUACUCAAAGGUCAACACGGAUGAGGAAGGCGGUGAGGAGGAGAUGGAGUGGCUGAUGGAGGAGCUGGAAACUCCUCUGUCUUCUUCCUCGCACCGCGGGAGGAGUAACCAUAGCAACGGCCACAUCAGGACCAAGCCGGUGAACACGGACGGGCUGCGCUCGUUCUCUCUGGACGAGCAGGACGACGACAGCGAGGACGAGGUGCUGAGCGUCCCGGGCGUCAGAGUGCUGAAACCGCAGGCGGCGUCCAGGACUCAGCGCAGCGCCGUCCUGCAGGAGGAGAGUGAUGAAGACCUGGUGGGCCUGUUGGAGGAGUCGGACAGGGCGAGGAAGAGCAGCAAACCUCGCAGCCGGAAGCGUGAGGACGACGACAGCGACGAGGAUCUCCUCAGGGUGUGAUGAACCGCCUGAACUCUUCUCUCAGUGAAUGUCUCCAAGACGGCAGCGGCGAAACCAACAGAUUGCGUUUUUUCUCCCCUCCGCUGCGCCUCUUCUCGGCCGAUUCGGACUCGGACUGCCGGUGUUGAUUUUAAUUUAUUGAGAGGUUCGUUAUUUAAAACUGUUCUUCAGGCCUUUAGUACCUGCGUCUCUCAAUUAAACCCUGAUUGCACACGUUCCUCGGUGAGAAAACCACAACUCUUUAUUUUUAUUUUUCAGUUUGGGAUAAGGUCGUGCCAUUAAUUUAGCACUUUGAUGAAAUCAGCACAACAUUUGUUAGGUUUUUUCUUUAGGAACGUGUUGGGAAGCUGGUGAAACGUUAAGGGACAAAGACACUGUUUACAGCUGCUAGCAGAGAAGGUUUUUUUCUUUCUUUCCCCUUAAAAAGAAAGUUUGAUGCCUUCCUUGAUGAUUUUGUCUGGUGAACAGGUGUUUUUGUAAAUGGAUGAUCGUGUUUUUUUUUUUUUGUUUGUUUCUCGACUUCUUUGGCACAAAAGUUUAUUUUAUGAUUAUUUAACUGAUUUUCUGUACGACGGCCUUAAGUGGGAAUGGACGGUCGACUGAAGGGAAACUGGAGAUUGGAAGCCAUAUUUCAGUCACUAAACUAGAUUUGUUUCCUGCUUUUUUAUGUUAUAAACCCAACUCUAGUUUGCAGGUCUUGCUGAUGCUUCUGCUUCAAUAUGUUGUAGAUUUUUCAGUGUCAGAGUUCACACUUGGCCAAAAACAUACAGGAUUUAACUUGCAUCAGUAUUUGUUUGGUGUAUGAGAUAAAACCAAUCUGCAGUGUUUGCCAACUAAUCAGUGCUCAGAUGUUCUAGUUUUGAGUAAUUCCAGGAUUUAAAAUAGUUCAUAUUUUCUUAAACAUCCUCUUUUUUUUGUCCAAAUUACGCUGUUGAAUUUAAGAAAAGUAGCAACUCCCACAAAAUGAUAAAAUUAAAAACACAGGUCAAACA